AUUCUUCGAAGGAACACCACGCAAUAUGCCGGCGCGAAUUUCUCGAGGCUCGCUGCAGAGCUCAAAGCUCGCAAAAUCCAAGCCUUCUGGCCGAAAUCCCAAGAAAGCGCAAAAACGAGCGCUCAACGCCUUCUCCAUUGCUUCCCAUGAGCAUGCCGACCGAGUGAAGAUUCGACCAAACCGUCUCGGAGAAUCAGAAGGGUUCUCGCACCGAAAAAGGCCGCGUUACGAAGAAGGUGAUGACGAGGAUGAAGACGAGGGGCCUACUCAAUCGAAGAGGAGGAAGCAAGGGAGCGGCGGUGCUGAGGAAGAGAGCCUGGACGAGGGAAGUGACUCUGAGGGCAACGCUUGGACGAUGGGCCAUGUCGAUGAGGAUGAUGAUAGCGACAUUGACAGUGACGAGGCAUUUGGAGAGAGCGACGAGGAGAAGUUUGAGGGGUGGACGUUUCGGGGCAGCUCUCACAAUCGGAAGGGCAGGAAGGCGAGGAAGCCCAGAAAUAUGGAAGAGAUGGACGGCGAAGACGGAGAGAUCGAUUUGGAUGAGGGAGACAGCGCAGAUGGGGAAGAGGAUGAAGAGGAGGAUGACUUAGGCGAAGACGCCAUUGACCUUGCCACGGCGCUCGAUCAAUACGAGGAGAGCGAAGAGGAAAAGAAGGAAAAGAAAGCCAAGAAGUCUAAGAAGAGAGCAUAUGCUUUUGACGAUAGCGAUGAAGAACCCAGCGAAGUGGGCGACUUUGCAGCAGAUGGAGCGUCCGACUUCUCCUCGGACGAGGAUGAGGACGAAUCGGACAGGCGGGCACAAUUGAAGGACCUCAUUUCAUCGUUGGCAGAAGAAGAUGAGCAGCGCUCAACCGCACGAAACCCAGACACCCACGAAUCAGCCGUGCCCUCAGAAUUCGGUGUCUUGAGGAAAGUCGACCUCGCAAGCUUCAAAUCCAAGGUCGCCGACCCCGAGAAGAAGAAAGCACUCAAGCUGUUGCAGGAUGACAAGUCAUCGAAACGGAAUGAUAUUGCUCGGAAACUAGAGGCGCCGCUGCCCAAACGUCAACAGGAUAAGCUAGAUCGAGCCGCUGCGAGCGCAAAAACCAAUGAGACCCUCGAACGAUGGGUGGAUACCGUAAAGCACAACCGUCGUGCUGAGCAUCUGUCUUUCCCCUUAUAUCAACCGGAAGCUGGCCAGCGUAUGGGUGAAACUCGUCUCUUGCCUACCACAACCACGGCUCCCGCCAAUGACCUCGAAGUCACGAUCCAAUCCAUACUGCAGCAGAGUGGGCUCUCCAACGGAAAGGAUGAUGAAGAGCAGAUCCAGAAGUGGGAAGAGCUGCAGACGAACAAGCUCCCUCUGCAAGAGGUUAUGAAGCGCAGGGCUCAGCUUCGCAAGGAACGAGAACUUCUUUUCCGAGAAGAAGUCCGCGCAAAGCGCAUCAAGAAGAUCAAAAGCAAAUCAUACCGUAGAGUUCAUCGGAAAGAGCGUGAGAGGUUGCUUCAACGUGAACGCGAUGCUCUCAAGGCUGAUGGCGUUGAUGUCUCAGAAGACGAGCAAGAGUACAACGUCCGCCGGCGAGCUGAAGAGAGAAUGGGUGCAAAGCACCGUGAGAGUAAGUGGGCUAAGGGAAUCAAGGCCUCUGGCCGGUCAGCAUGGGAUGAAGAUGCUCGCUCAGGCGUGACGGAGAUGGCUCGACGAAACGACGAGCUUCGCCGCCGCAUCGAGGGUAAAGAAGUCCGUAACGAGGAUUCUGAUGCGUCUGAUCUCUCCAGCGAUGGGGAGAGCGAAUUAUAUCCUGACGAGGAGGAUGGUCAUCUGGAGCGCCAGCUUGGUCUGCUUGAGAGCCCUUUCUCAUCUACAGAAAACAACAGCAAGUUGUCGAUGAUGGCCUUUAUGCGCAAGGCGGAGGCAACAAGGAAGACAAGGAAUGAUGAAGAUAUCGAACGCAUGCGUCGCGAGUUGGCCGAUGAAGAAAGUCCAAGUGAAGAGGAGGGCUCAAAUGCCGCGAGGAGAGGACAUAAGAAGUACGGCCCAGGGUUAAUUUCAGAGACCCCUUCUAUUCCAAUUGGCCAGUCUGAGUUCGAAGAGAGGGCUCCAUCGGAUGAGGAAACAGAUGACGCCAAUGGUACUGCUGCGAAUGGUGUAAAGACUACGAGCGACCUCUCUCUUGAAACGCGGAACAGCAACGAGCCCAGGAAUCCAUAUUCUGCAAAGUCAGAACAGAAUCCCUACUUAAUGAAGGCUUCCAAGGAGAAAAGGACCAGAAAGCAACCCGAUUUGGUCUCACAAGCACAUAAUACCAUCCCCGCAGUCCAAGAGCCGUCAAAGUCCAAGACGAAGUCCAAAGUCAAGUCCAAGGCAACAUCCAAGAAAUCAUCCGAUUCCGAUCUUCCCGAGCAGAUCAUCAGCGCCCCGGACGCCAAUGGCUGGCAGACUGUGUCGUACCAAAAUCAGAGUGACGAGGAAGGAGGCGAAGGCUCCAUACAUUUGAAUACUUCGCAGUUCGAGCUCACAGCAAAGGCCUUCGCGGGUGACGAUGUUGUAGCUGAGUUCGAGGAGGAGAAACGCGCAGUCAUUGACGAAGAUGACGAGAAGAUCGAAAAGAACGUCUUACCCGGCUGGGGCUCGUGGGCCGGCGAAGGCCUGAGUAAAAAGAACCAAAAGCGCAAAGGGCACGUCACCUACAACAAGAAAGAAGGCGUCAAGCCCGAGAAGCGCAAAGAUGCGAAGCUCGACCGUGUCAUCAUCAACGAGAAGCGUGUCAAAGCCAACACCAAAUACCUCGCUUCGCAGUUGCCGUUCCCCUUCGAGACGAAGGAACAGUAUGAGCGCUCGCUCCGACUACCCAAGGGUCCAGAGUGGACGACAAAGAAGACGUUUUCGGAGGCGACGAAACCGCGCGUCUUGGUUAAGCAAGGGAUAAUUCGACCGCUGCAUAAACCCCUUGUUUAAAGAGUUCAUGUGGGAGCGGGUAGACGCAUAUAUAGCCAGACACAUAUAUACGCCCAGGAUCGGCAGACUAAAGAAUUUCAGGUCUUGUGU